CCUCAGGUGAGGCAGCCAGGCCUAGCAGGCCCCGUGCCACCGCCGCCGCUGCCUCUGGGGCCGCCGCUGCUGAGGGGCCACCAUGCUCCUGCCCAGGCCUGGAGACUGACCCUAAACCGGCACCAUCUCUCAGCUCCGCCCCCACCUGCUGGACCCCAGGGUCCCGCCCCGGCCCAGGAGGUCAGCCGGGGAAUCAUUAACUAGAGGCCGUGACAUGGCGGAGAAGGAGGGUGGCCGGACUGUGCCAUGCUGCUCUGGACCCAAGGUGGCAGCUCUCACUGUGGGGACCGUGCUGCUCCUGACAGGCAUCGGGGCAGCGUCCUGGGCCAUUGUGACCGUUCUACUCAGGAGUGAUCAGGAGCCGCUGUAUCCAGUGCAGGUCGGCCCGGCCGACGCUCGGCUCACGGUGUUUGACCAGACGGAGGGCACUUGGCGCCUGCUGUGCUCCUCGCGCUCCAACGCCAGGGUGGCGGGGCUCAGCUGCGAGGAGAUGGGCUUCCUCAGGGCGCUGGCCCACUCGGAGCUGGAUGUGCGGACGGCGGGCGCCAACGGCACGUCGGGCUUCUUCUGCGUGGACGAGGGGAGGCUGCCACACACCCGGAGGCUGCUCGAGGUCCUUUCCGUGUGCGACUGUCCCAGGGGUCGUUUCCUGGCUACCAUCUGCCAAGACUGUGGCCAUAGGAAGCUGCCCGUCGAUCGCAUCGUGGGCGGCCAGGACACCAGCUUGGGCAGGUGGCCAUGGCAAGUCAGUCUUCGCUACGAUGGAGCACACCUCUGUGGGGGGUCCCUGCUCUCCAGAGACUGGGUGCUGACAGCCGCCCACUGCUUCCCUGAGCGGAACCGGGUCCUGUCCCGAUGGCGAGUGUUUGCCGGUGCCGUGGCCCAGACCUCACCCCAUGGCGUGCAGCUGGGGGUGCAGGCAGUAAUCUACCACGGGGGCUAUCUCCCCUUUCGAGACCCCAACAGCGAGGAGAACAGCAAUGACAUUGCCCUGGUCCACCUCUCCAGCUCCCUGCCCCUCACAGAGUACAUCCAGCCCGUGUGCCUCCCGGCUGCCGGGCAGGCCCUAGUGGACGGCAAGAUCUGCACCGUGACUGGCUGGGGCAACACACAGUACUACGGCCAACAGGCGGGGGUACUCCAGGAGGCCCGGGUCCCCAUAAUCAGCAGUGAUGUCUGCAACGGCCCCGACUUCUACGGGAACCAGAUCAAACCCAAGAUGUUCUGUGCCGGCUAUCCUGAGGGUGGCAUUGAUGCCUGCCAGGGUGACAGCGGUGGCCCCUUCGUGUGUGAGGACAGCAUCUCUCGGACGCCACGUUGGCGGCUGUGUGGCAUUGUGAGCUGGGGCACUGGCUGUGCCCUGGCCCAGAAGCCAGGCGUCUACACCAAAGUCAGUGACUUCCGGGAGUGGAUCUUCCAGGCCAUAAAGACUCACUCCGAAGCCAGCGGCAUGGUGACCCAGCUCUGACCUGUGGCUUCUCCUCGCUGUGCACGCCUGCAGGGCCCAAGCUGAUCUAGGUGGCUCCAGCCCCACAUGAUGGGGUUCACCCUGGGAUGGAACAUUUUUCUUCUUGGGCCCAGCCCACCAGGUCCAAGGAUACCCUCCCUCCAAGGUCCUCCACAGUGGCGGGCCCACUCAGCCCUGGGACCACCCGAGCCUCACCCUUCUGACCCCCAUGUAAAUAUUGUUCUGCCGUCUGGGGAGUCCCAUCUAGUGCCCCUGAUGACAGGAUGCUCUUUAAAUAAUAAAGAUGGUUUUGAUUAA